AUGCCGCUGAGCAUGCUGCUCUGGACAUGUGCCAAAAGAGAGUUCUUGUUGACUGGAGAGGCAUGUUUCAGAAGGGAGAAAUCACAGGCAAUAGCAGGGCUGGGUCACAGCAUUGCUGUAACUUCAAAAGGAGCUGUCUAUUCAUUUGGCUCUAACAACUCAGGACAGCUUGGACAUGGAACCACUAAAGAGGAAUGGCGACCUCGGCAAAUCAGAUCUCUGAAAGGCAUUCGAAUUGUUCAAGCAGCUGCUGGGGCUGGCAGGAAAAUGUUGAUCAUUGAUGCUGGGAAAGUUUAUGCCUUUGGAAAGGACUCAAGAUGGUUCUAUGACAUAGUAAUAACAAGAUAG